AAUCUACCAAAUCUCCGCCUCUUCCGUUGCAGUUCCCAAGGCAGAGAACAGUGAGAGAGAGAGAGAAGUUGAGAAAUAGAGAGAGUGCUUCCAAUGGAAUCCGAACCAACGGUUGGUGCCUCUGCAUCAGCACCACCACCACCACCACCAGCCACCGAUGAUCUCCAAUCGAGCAACGCAUCGUCCCCAGCCGACGCCGCCGCACGGCUGAUCCACGCCGUGGAGCAGCGGCAGCAGCACCUCCUCGACAAGACAGUCCCUCACGUUCUCUACCGAUGGAUCGGUUGCCUCGUCGUCGUGCUGAUCUACUUCGCUCGCGUCUACUUGGUGGAAGGCUUCUACAUCAUCACCUACGCCAUCGGAAUCUACCUUCUCAACCUCAUCAUCGCCUUCCUCUCCCCUCAAGAAGAUCCCGAGGCCUCGCUCGGCGGCGGGACUCUUCCUACUCGUAGAUCCGAUGAGUAUCGGCCGUUCGUUCGCCGUCUCCCCGAGUUCAAAUUCUGGUUAUCGAUCAUUAGGGCAUUUGUCAUUGGUUUUAUGAUGACGUUCUUCGAAGUCUUUGACGUACCUGUUUUCUGGCCAAUUCUUCUUUUCUACUGGGUGAUGCUUUUUAUACUCACCAUGAGGAAACAGAUUCAGCAUAUGAUCAAAUACAGAUAUGUUCCUUUCUCUUUCGGCAAACAGCAGAAAUAUGGAAAGAAACCGGCUCCAGCAGAGAGCAGUGAAUGAUCAAAUCAACCGUUCAGGUCUUUUCUUUUCUUUUGAUUGCCCGAAGCUUUGUUAGCGAUUGAGUAAGAAGAAACGAUCAAUCAGAUACUCUCGUAGCCUGUCUCAGACAAGUUUUUUUUGUUGUUGCUCUUUUAUCAUCCUCCUGACUAUGGACUGGUUUCACCUGAAAACAAUGUAUCUUAUUAAUACAGUUUUUUGUCAGUGAGAAUAA